CCGGCUGCAAAGCCCACUCUAAUGUCUCAAAAAGUUUCAUCGGUAGAAAGCAGUGACUAGAGAAAAGAAAAGACAUAAAAAGAUAUAUAAAAUCAUUCUGCACGAUUCUUUUUUAUUGUUUUGUGAUCACUUGCUUGAUACUCUGCCGUAAUAGGGUAACUGAGUGAAUAUUACGAAGAUGUGUGAAAAGACAGACACAAAUCUGACUAAACUUGAAAAGUGCAUGGCAGAUUUAAUUGCCAUUUUUAACGAGGAAGCUAGUAAAGAUGGAGACAAAUCAACUCUCAGCAGAGAAGAAGCCAUACAUUUUGUGAGGAAGGAGUUGCAUUGUUUCUUGCAGGAGCAAGGUGCAUCUGAUGAUGACAUCAUGAAGUUUAUUGACACUAACGCAAGUGGUAAUGUGGAUUUUCAAGAAUAUUGUGUCCUUUUAGGUGGAUUGGCAAGCAGUCUUCGUGAAGACCUUCUGAAAAUGAGGAGAAAAAAGUAAAAAAAAAAUUCUAAAAAUAAACCACAAGUGGAAAAAAGAAAAGAAAAUGUGCCCAGAAAUAAAAGACAGGCACACAGCAGUACCGUUCAGCAUAGUAAGAAAUGAACAAUUUAGCCAUGCAAUUAUACCAUCAUAUGGUGAACGUCCUUAAGACAACAUAAUGAGCUGAUGUAUCAUCAAUAAAAACUCAAGAUAAAACUG